AUGUCUAGACCCAGACCUUUAAGUGCGUCAAAAUCUUGCGCUUUUGUCAAACCUGUGCAACUAGGGCGCGCCAGCAUAAGAUCAGCUCAAAUAAACACAGCCAGUUUGAUCUUUAUGAGGCUUUCAAUGCACAUAAAAAUGGUGACGACAUGUCACCCGACCUCUCGACCCCUAUUUCCUCAACACAUGCAAGCAAUGUUGGGGAUCUAGGUGGAAAGGAGUUGGAAAUCCUUUGUGUAUGUCGGGCUAGGUUUAACUCGGGCCCUAUGGAGCUAAUCCAUGGGACUUGGGCUUUUACCUCCAGAAAAACCACUGAAAGGACAAGAUCGGCGACAGUCCCAAGUAGAGGCUGUCUCCUUCGAACAGGACUCAAGAGAUGGCAUUUGUCCAACGAUAAACUGGGAGUUUCGACCCAGGUGGUUGACCCUUAGGCUCCAGGAGCCAUGGAAGUCAAGACUGGUUGUGCGAAUCCCUUGUUUGCGGCAACAAGGAGGGUGCCCACCGAGGCUCUUUAUGGGCGAAGAGCGUGUAGGAGUGCAAAUCCCCGGCCCUGCAAGUGCGAACGGCUAAUUUUAAUCUUUAUGAGGCCUCCAAAGUUCAGACACAAAAAAUUAUCUCAAGAAUCUUUACAAAAAGACAACCAACUAUGGGAACUCACACAGGAGGUCAAGAAACUGGAAGAGCAGCAAAAAUCAUUUAUCAAUAAAUUUGAAGUGCAAAAUGAAAGCUUACCUAAUAUGAGGCCAAGUCUAGAGAUAGAAGAAAUUAAAAAAGAAAGAGAUGAACUGUAUGAAUCAAAAAUAAAUAGCCUAAAAUAUAUUGAAAAAAUAGAAGAAGAAAAGAAGAAAAUGCAAGAAUCAUAUGAGAAAGAACUUAAAAAUAUGAAUGAGUAUAUUGGGUUACUAAUUCCUCUUCACUCUUAUAUAAAUAAAUAUAUUAUCGUUUUUAACAUUUUUUAUACAAAAAAUUAUUACUAUCACGAAGAGGGAUUAAUUUCUUUAAGUAAAUGCUUUACUUGCUCACACAGCAGGGGAGUAAGAAGAAAAAUCGUAAGAAGUUCUAUAUCAUUAACGAAUUCUCCACAGCCUUCUCAUAACGACAAAUUGAGCAACUUCGAAGAUCUUUUUUUAAAAGAAAAAGAAAAAUCAAGUAUCCUUUAUAACACCCUGAAAAUGAAAGAAAAAGAAUGCGAAAAUUUGCAUAAGAGAAAUGAUUCAGAAUCAAUAAUUUUAAGAAUGGAACAGCUAACAAACCAAAACAAUAAUUAUCAAAGUGCCCUUGCAGAAGCAGAAAGUGAAAUAAAAAGGCUUCAUCAAGAAAUCGCUAAUAAAAACGAACAGAUUUUUCAAAAAAAACAAAAAAUUGAGGAGUUUGAAAUACAAAACAGUGUGGCACAUGCUUAUGAGGAAAUAAAGCUAAAAUUAAAAAAAAGCUAUGAGGAAAAAAGGCAAUUAGAAGAAGAAAUGAAAAGAAAUAGCUUAAAAUCAGACGAAUUAGAAAAAAUAAUAGAAGAACUAGGAAAAAGCUUAUUAACGAUGACCAAAGAGCUUGAAGAUAGAAACUCUGAGUGUCAAAAAUUAGAAAAUGAAUUAGAAGAGCUCAAAUAUACAGAUAAAAAUAGCGAAAAAAAUAUAGAAAGGGAAAAAGAAGAGUGUCUAAAAAUGAUAGAAAUUGUAGCAAAUAAAAUAAAUCAGGAAAUAAGUGGGCUAAUGCUAAGAGUAGAACAAGCAGAAGACCAAGUUGACAAAAUUUUAGAAUUUUUUGAAGAAUUUAAAUCGUGAAUAGACCAGAACAUCAACAAUCAAUCUAUGAAAAAUGAUGAAAAUUUGCUAAAAGAAUUGGCCAAACUUAGGGAAGAAAAUGAUGAGCUUAUAAAUAAGCUUGGCAUACAAAUGAGUAAAAAAAUGAAUUAUGAAGGAGAAGUAAACAAAAUGAAAUUAUUAGUAAAAGACUAUGAAAAUCAAAUAUCGAUUUAUAAAGAAAAUUCCAAAUUAGAAAACAGCAAAAGUGAAAAUGAAGAAAAAAAUUCAGAUAGUAAACAGCAAAUACUAGUAGAGUCUGAGAAUCUUCGCCAAGAAUAUGAAAAUCUGAAUGAAAUAUGUGAGGAAAAAAAAGAAGAAAUAGAAAAUUUAAAUAACAAGUUACAGACUUUAGAAGCAAAGCUAAAGGAAUCUCAGUCAGCAUUUAAUUCAUUAAAGAUGAAAAAUAAAGAAAAAGAAGAUAAGUAUAUUAAUUUACAACAAACAAGCAUUGAAAACCUUGAAAAAAUUGAAAAAUUAACAAUAGAAAAUACAGAGCUAAAAGACCAAAUUGCAUCUAUAAAUCACCAAUUUGAUAAGUUAAGUGAAAAACUAAAAGAAUUAAAUCAGCAGCUAAGAGAUAAAGAAAUUGAGGCUGACGAAGCAAAUCAGCUAUAUGAAGCUUUGAAAUCAAAAACUGAAGAAAUCUUGAGGGAGCAGCUCAAAAUGAAAUUUGAGUCACAAAACAUUAAAGUAAUCAAUAUUUAGGAUGAAUUUGAAAAUGAAAAAAUAAGGCUGCAAGAACAGAUUAAUAAAGCUAUUGAGGAAAAAACACAGGAAGUCGAAAUACUUCAAAAAGCAAUUAAAGAACAGCAGGAUGAAUUUGAAAGGCAGCUAAGUGAGCUAAAAUGGGAAUGCCAGCAGGAAAAUGUCAAUACUGAGCUAGAGCAGAAAAAUAAUGAAAUUAGGAUUUUGAAAGAGGAAUAUAAUGGGAUAAUAAAGAGAAAUGAAAAAGAGCUAAAAGAAUCGUAUGAAAAAGAAAUAAACAAAUUGAAAACAACCUCAGAAGCAAGCCAUAAUGAAUUGAUGGGAAAAUAUAUUGAUGCUAAAAAUAAAUACGAUAAAAGUUUAGAAGAUAUACAAGGAUUCGAAGCUUUAAAGCAAGAAGUAGCAUUUGUGCAAGGAGAAUUGAGAGAAAAAGAAAAAGAAAUUAAUAAACUUAGAGAAGAAUUAUUUGAAGCUGAUGAAAAAAUUGAAAAUUUAGAAAAAAAUCGGUCUAUUCAAGAAGGAGCUGUUUCUGAGUACAAAAAACAACUAGAAUCUCAAGAAAAAGAAAUAAUUGGACUCCAUGAUGAAUUAGACAGCCACAAGCAUAGAAAAAACUCAAACUCAAUAGAAAAUAAUACAAAACUGGCAGAACUUGAAGACCAGCUAGACAGCCUAAAACAAGAAAACGAAAAUUUAAGGGAGAAGCUUGCAAAGUCAUUUUCUGACCCAGAAAUCGCUAGCAUGCAGUCACAGAUCUCUCAUCUAACCCAAAACCUCGAAAAGACUGAAAUAGAGCUAUUAAGAAAGUCAGAAAUAGAAGAAGAGCUCAGGAUUCUUGAAGACAAAUACAAUAAUAAAUCUCAAAAGCUCACAGUCCUGAAAAAUGUUUGCAGCGAGCUUGAAGUAGUCAACUCUACUCUAAGGACAAGCAAAGUUGAAAUAGAAGGUGAAUUAGGAAAAAAAGAAAAAAUCAUUAAAGACAUGCAGAGAGAAUUUGGAGCCCAAAAUGUUGAGGUCAAUAAAGUAAAGCAAAGAGCAGACCAAUUUGAAGAUUUAUAUAAUUCGCUGUAUGCAGAAAUGGAGGAAAAAAAUAAAAAAAUCGAAAAUUUAGAAAAAGAGCUAGAGGAGCAAAGGGAUCUAAAAAGAGCAGUCAAUCUUGGAAUAGAAAAUAUAGAAAAUAUUGAAAUUUAUGGAGAAAUGAACAUCAGUGAUGAGGAAAAUGAGAAAGAUAAUAGCAGGGAAGAAAGCCAGAAGGAUAAUAGUGAAAAUCAUAAAGAAAAUGCUGAUGAAGAUAAGCAGAAACUCCAGCAGAGAAUAAAUGAAUUAAACGAUGAUAUUGAAUUAUUAUUGAGAAAUGAAGAAAAAUAUAAAAUUAUUAUUGGAAAGCUUCAAGAAAAACUAAGCGAGGAAUCUGAUCCUGAAGGACUCAAAGGCCGCAUAGAAGACUUAGAAGCCCAGCUAGGGGAUUAUCAAUACAGAUAUGAUCAGCUCUUUGAAGAGCACGAAGAACUUAUUAAUAACCAAAAAUCCAGGCUCGACACCAGCCAAGAUGAAGCUUCCGUUCAAAUGCUAUCAGAUGAACUCAGCAAAGUCAUUAAUGAAAAAAAUGAACUGGAAAUGGAAAUAGACGCUUUAAGAGACCUUCACAGCGAAAACGAAAAAAUAAAGCACUACCAACAAGAGGCUGAAAAUAUAGCCAAAAUCUGUCAAGAACUAGAAGUACUUUUUAUUUAGAAAACCAAAGAGUUUAGAGUUAAUUAAAAUUGCAUUAUAGCUCAUGCGCAUUAAUAGAUUUAUAUAUAUAGGCGAUUUGAGAUUUGUGGUUGAAGUGCUUUUGCUAUUCAUUAUUAUAUAAGUAAUCUUGAUAGCCCUGAUUAGUGAGGAUUAUAGUAAAAUAGUUUAAUUUUAACUAGAGCUCUUAGAAUAAUAAAAUUUAAUUAGAAGCGCAUAACAGUGUCUUUAUCAUGGAUUCUGGAAGCUUGAUACAAUAAAAUCUGACGAAUUCUUACCUCAUGAACAACGGGAUUUUGUUUUUGCUCUUUCGAUUUUUACAUCAGACUCUGCCAAGCCAACUUAUUUGACAAACCAAAUAAAAAGUAAAAAUGGAAUUAAAUUUCUACAUAAUAUGUUUCUUUUAAUAAGAUCCAUAAAAAUUAAAUCACAGUUAAUGCAAAUUCCUUAUUUGACUUGAGACAAUUAUCUAUCAACUGUUGAGUUCAACUAUUUUUCAAUAAAAUUACCUCUCAGCAUAUGAAAUUUGGUUCAGUCUGAUUCAUAACUUCACUUUUUAUUUGGCUUGCCAAAUAGUUGACUUGGCAAAGUCUGAUUUAAAAAUGGAACGAACACAACAAAAGCCCUUAGUUCAUGAGGUAAGAAUUCAUCAGAUCUAUUGUCUCAAGUUUCCAGAAAUCAGGAUUAAGGCUUCUUAUGCACUUCUAGUUAAAUUUUAUUAUUUUAAAAUUUAUAGUUAAAUUUUAAAAUAUUUUUCUAUAAUCCUCAAUAUAUAGGGCUAUAUAGAUCACUUAUUUAACAAUGAGUAACAAAGCACUUCAAUCGUCUAUCUCAAAUCGCCUAUAUAGAUAUCUAUUAAAGUGUGUGAGUAAAGCCGCUAUUCAUGGGGACGCCUUGCUAAUUUCUAUUUUUUAUCUUUUUCAACCUAAUAAAUUUGCUUUUGUAACGCUAAAAAUUUUCAAAUCCAUUUCUAUCUCCUGAAUUUAAAAAAUUUUGGCAUUGCUUGCUGUUUCUAAUUUGGUUGAAAAAAUAUUUUUAAAUUCACUUUUGUCACAAAGUCAGCUUCUUGCUAAAUAUUUUCCUAAAUUUCUAGUUCAGACACGUUGUCAAUCAUUCAUUCGUAUGGAGACUAGGCUCUUUCAUCAACUUGAUCAUUUAGCUUGCUAAAUCCAAAGAGAGAGAGAUUACAGUUAGAGAUGGAAACUGGUUAUUUAAGCCCCUAUCCAGUCAGGCUUAACUUCACGUUCAUGUGGCGCUAAGAACUAAAGCCAGCUAAUGCCCUUUUCCCUCUGGCUGCCAGUUUGGGGAGUUUGGGGAGUUUGGAUAGUUUGGAGAGUUUGGGGAUUUUUGGAACUCUGGAGUUGCUGAUGGAGUCGCUCUUGGAGUCGCUGAUCUUUGAAAGAAGGGCUCGCACCCGAAAAAAUUAAACAAAAAACAAAAAAACAAAAAACUCUGCAGCUGAAGUUUUGCGCCGCUAAUUUGUGGCCGUGAGAGGUUGAUGUUUGGGAUUCGUGGCUGUUGGGAAUCGUGCCGGCUAGGAGCUACAGCUUUGGAAUCGGGACGCUUGGCAUGGGAAUGGCUUGAUUUUGUUAGGGAAAUCUAUAAUUAGGGUAGGGAUAAAAAAAAAAACUAUUUUCUUUCUUUCUGGCUGCCAAAAAUUGGUGGCAUAGUAAGUCUAACGAGGGAAGACUACCUAAACCUGACCAAAAAUUGCAGCGCAGAACUCUCUUAACCCCUUGUAGUGCUCAGGGUAUGAGGGAAGCAUUCAUGGCCUCCUUCUGAAACUACAUCUGCCAUUUAUAGGCAGCAUAAAGUUCCUCCAGAAGUUUCCCGAUUGGUGUUGUGCCGCCAGUCCUCUUGCCUGAGGUUUGAGGUUAGGCUAGUCAGCCCAAGCCUGCACCCACUCCAGAAUCACUGCCACUUGCUACUCCGUGGCUCCUUGUGGCUGCCUUUUUUCUAUUUUGGCCCAGAGUUCUGGUUUUUGUCGUUCCAAAGGCAACUUAUUGCCAUGAUGGCAAUGUUUCUUAAAACCAAAGAAGAUUUAGAAGAAAACUACAACGACAACUUAAAGAUGCUUAAAGCAAAAUAUGAAGAAUUUAUCAAACAAAGAAUGGAAGAAAUUACAGAUCAGUACGACGAGCUUCAGGAAAACGCAAACAGACUAGAACUAGAAAAAGACGAGCUACAAAAAGAGCUUUCAUUUGAAAAAGAAAAAAAUUCAGAUCUCCAAGAAAAGCUCUAUAAAUAUCUAAAUAAAAAUAAUUAA